CUUUCCGGUUUCCGCCAUCUCAUUUCAGCCCUUUCCAUUCAAAAUUCGCAGCUCGCACCCAACUAACCCCCCCUCUCUUCUACAACCCUUCAAAAUCUCUCUUCUCUCUCUCUCUCUCUCUCUCUAUAUCUACACUCAGAUACACACACUUUCUCUCUCUCUCUCUAUAUCGGCAAUGAAGAGAGGUGCAAAGAGAAAGGCGAGCCAGAAGGACAAAGCUCCUGCGGAGGCGAAGGAGAAGAAGACCACGAGGAGGAAGCAGCAGAGCAAAUCCGCGGAAGAGAAGGAGAAUGAACCGGAGCCGGAGCCGGAGCCUAGCCAGUCGGCGGAGGAGCAGAGCCAAUCUGCUGCUCAGGAGGACACGGAAGAGCCUAGCAAGUCUUUGGCUGAGGGCGAGCCCAGCAAAAAACCUACCAGGACUCGAGCUAAACGAGCUAGGACUUCCAAACAGGACACUGAAACCGAGUACUUCCCCGAGAAGCGCAAUUUGGAAGAUCUAUGGCAACAAGUUUUCCCUGUUGGUACUGAGUGGGAUCAGCUGGACAUGGUCUAUCAAUAUAAAUGGAACUUCUCAAAUCUGGAGGAAGCUUUUGAAGAAGGUGGAAAGUUAUAUGGCAAAAAAGUCUACCUUUUUGGCUGUACAGAACCACAAUUGGUCUCAUUUCAAGGUCAAGCAAAAGUUACAUGCAUACCAGUUGUGGUUGCUGUAAGUUCUUAAGCUUUUUGUAUUAGACCUGUCAGGUUGUGAG